AUGAUCACAGAUUCGUUCUCUUCGACAGCAGCAUGGAUGCAAGUCCAGGCUGCGCUUACCAAGCCAGGCGUGACCGACAUCGUACUGGCUCUCGUGGUCCUUGGCGUAGUAGCUCUGGCGGCGGAUUAUGCACAUAUGCUGUAUCUUCACUAUAGAAUGCCCCCGGGUCCUCUACCCUGGCCAAUUGUUGGAAAUACAUGGCUGCUUCCCGACAACAAGCCAUGGAUCUAUUUCGAGGAAGUGGCAAAGCAGUAUAAAACGCCGCUGAUCACCUUCUGGAUCGGCCGCAAUCCAACAGUCUGGAUUUGUGAUGCUUGGGCAGCUUCUGAACUUUUGGAUAAAAGAGCCGGAAUUUAUCCCUCGAGGCCUCGAAUGGUCGUCUUUGGCGAGCUUGGUCCAGGUCAAACGAACCUCGUGUCCAUGUAUUAUGGCGACCGAUGGAGAGUCCAUAGGAAGCUAACUCAUAUUGGAGUUGGACUUCAGCAAGUCCGCAAUUACCGGCCCUUUCAGAAUGACGAAAGCAUGUUGGUUGCUCACAAUAUCAUUAAAACGCCUGAACUGUAUGAGAAGCAUUUCGAGCGAUACGCUGCUAGUGUUGUGUCCAUCAUUGGUUUUGGAAGGAGAAUUUCCGAUACCAAAGACCCUAUAAUUAGUGAAGUGCUCGCUGUGAUGCAACGUGCGGCUGAGUUGAACGUACCGGGGAAAACAUUCCCAAUGCUUAUGGAAACGUUCCCAAUCUUGGCGAAGUUCCCAAACGCAAUUGCGCCCUGGAAGCAUGGCCUGGGAGGCAAAAACUCACGAGGAGGCAGCUUCUACUAUUCUCUGGCUGAGGAAGCGAGAGACAACCCAGAGCAGCCACAGUCAUAUGUCAAGAAGAUCUUCGAGGAAGCACCAAAGUAUGACUUGAGACCAGAAGAGAUUGCUGCCUUGACAGGAAACCUCUUCGGAGCCGGUAGUGAUACUUCGAGUUCCACUCUCGUGACUUUCGUCCUCGCUUGUUGCGCGUUCCCAGAAGUGUUGCCAAGAGCUUGGGAGGAAUUGGAUCGUGUGGUCGGGCCAGAUAGAAGUCCUUCAAUGGACGAUGAACACAAUCUGCCUUACAUUAAAGCAUUCGUGAAGGAAGUUUUCCGCUGGAGAUCAGUCGCCAUCAUUGGCGGUCAGCCACAUGCUCCCAUCCAAGAUGACGAGUACAAGGGCUGGCUCAUUCCUAAAGGUACUUGGGUACAAGGAAACGUUUGGGCGAUACACCACAGUGAAAAGGAGUUCCCAGACCCUGAUCGAUUCUACCCCGCCAGAUAUUUGAAAGAGGACCCCCAAAAUCGUCCGUUCCCCAAUGAAAGAGGUUAUAUGACCUUCGGCUGGGGCCGUCGCGUCUGCAGCGGUCAAGGUUUGGCUGAGCAAGGAACUUUCAUCACCAUUGCACGACUCCUUUGGGCCUUCAAUAUCAGGAAGGCUAGAGGGCCAGACGGCAAGGAAAUCCCUGUAGAUAUAUUUGCCUACACAAACGGAUUGAACAUGAGACCAGAACCUUUCAAGUGCCAAUUCAUUCCGAGAUCUCUAGAGAUCCGCGCCACGGUCGAGCGAGAAGGAGAGGAGGCUGAGCAGCGUUUGUCGGUUUACGACGGAGAGACAAAGUAUCGUUUAAGCCAGUGGUUCACGAAGGCCUGAGCUGAAUGGACUUGUGGGCGGACAGACGGAUGAGGAGGGGUCGUUGCAAAGUUUGGUCCAGAUAGCAUUGGUGGAGCCUGUAUUGUC